GCUGAACUUGAGGGCUGAUCAGAUCCUGGAGAACCACAACUCCCCCCCCCCAGGGACAGAUGUACUUUGAUAACAAAGAUGACAGUACAAUUUCUAGACAACAAGAGAUGGAGCUGAAUCAGACAUCUUUACAUCAAACCAGUUUAUCUCCAAAGAUGGCAGCCAAUUCAAUGACCAGAAGUUGCAAUGAGCUGCAGCUAUUAAAAGAGUAUCAUGGCAUGGUAGCGAGCCUUGGAGAGCCACAGACCCUGUGUGAAAAAACAGCAAUUGGGGAGGAUGGCUGCAUUGCUCUGGGGAAGGAUUUCACUUCUGUCCCCAUGCAGGGAAGAUAUAACUUCAACUUUUCCAAAUUAUUCAGCUCAAGGUCAAAAAACACUGGUUUUACAGAGAAGACACCAUUGUUGAAGGUUUCCUCAGAGGAAAAUAGGUUGCAGUCCAUGGCUCUUCAUAAUCCAGAUUUUACCACAGAUGAUGAUUCAUGGGACAACAGCUCUGCAGAAUUUGAGCAGAGGUUUCAACUGGGAAGUGAAAUGACAAGUUUGUCCAGAUCUGCUUCUUCUGAGAAAUAUGAAAUCUUGGACAACCUUCAUGUCAAGUUCAAUUUAUCAAAAAUGAGGUGCUGUCUAAAAUUCCUAAAAGUUUCAGGCCUUUUUGUCUUUGUAGUUGUCUGCUCUAUUUUAUUUUGCACUUAUCCAGAUCAAGGUGUGUCCUGGCAGAUGUUGGCUGUAUCACCUCUGGAAAGCUUCUCUAUGAAUCUGACUGAUUUUCGUGAUGCUGCUCUGUUGAAAUUAGACAUAGGAGGCCCAUUUGUAGCAGAUGUAGUUGAUCAGCAAACAGAUGAAUAUGUUGUAGUACAAAUCAGCCAGACUGAAGAUGUUGGAUCAAGGAGGAGACACCAGCAGCAGGUGGUAUACAACUGGACUCUACCCUUAAGUUCAAGAAGAAAUCAGCAAAUCAUCACAACUAGAACCUUUCAGAUACUGAACAGAGGCACCAUCUUCAUAAACAUUCAAGCUUUCCUACAGGAGCCUGGAAGUGUUCCUCUAUCCAUGAAGCAUCAGUACCUUCAUGCAAAUAUAGAGGCACAAGUAACAAUUGCGUCCAUCGUCUUAGUAGGUGUCUAUGUGCUGAUCAUACUGGAAAUUGUCCACAGGACCCUCGCAGCCAUGCUGGGCUCUUUGGCAGCGUUAGCCGCCUUAGCUGCUGUUGGGGAGAGGCCAAGUAUGGUCAAAGUGGUGGAGUGGAUUGAUUACGAGACACUGGCGCUGCUGUUUGGAAUGAUGGUUUUGGUGGCUAUAUUUUCAGAGACUGGAUUCUUUGACUACUGUGCAGUAAAGGCUUAUCGAUUCUCUAGGGGCAAGGUGUGGGGCAUGAUUACGCUUCUGUGCCUCAUUGCUGCAAUUCUUUCUGCAUUUUUGGACAACGUUACCACGAUGCUACUCUUUACUCCAGUAACCAUAAGGCUCUGCGAAGUACUUAACCUUGAUCCUAGGCAUGUCCUGAUUGCAGAAGUAAUCUUCACAAAUAUUGGGGGGGCUGCCACAGCUGUUGGGGAUCCUCCAAAUGUGAUUAUUGUUUCAAAGCAGGAGCUGAGAAAGAAGGGAUUGGAUUUUGCAGCCUUCACGGGGCAUAUGUUUGUUGGCAUCUGCCUCGUUGUCCUUGUCUCCUUUCCUUUUCUCAGACUUCUUUACUGGAACAAAAAACUUUACAAUAAGGAGCCGAGUGAAAUUGUUGAGCUGAAACAUGAGAUCUAUGUUUGGAGACUGACUGCACAGCGCAUUAACCCAGCCAGCAGAGAGGAGACUGCCGUAAAAUGCCUCUUGAUGCAGAAGGUGUUGACUCUGGAGAUGCUCCUGAGGAAGAAGUUGAGGACGUUUCACAGGCAAAUUUCACAAGAAGAUAAAAACUGGGAAACAAAUAUUCAGGAACUCCAGAAAAAACACAGAAUAACAGACAAAAUUCUUCUCAUCAAAUGCCUGACUGUGCUGGGAUGUGUUAUUCUUAUGUUUUUUCUCAACUCAUUUGUUCCAGGCAUCUACCUAGAUCUUGGCUGGAUUGCCAUGUUGGGAGCCAUUUGGCUGCUAGUGCUAGCAGACAUCCAUGAUUUUGAGAUGAUAUUGAACAGAGUCGAGUGGGCAACCCUCCUUUUCUUUGCAGCAUUGUUUGUUCUCAUGGAGGCUUUGGCUCAUCUGCACUUAAUAGACUACAUAGGAGAGCAAACAGCUUUGUUAAUAAAGGUGGUUCCCGAGGAGCAGCGUUUGGCAGUGGCCAUCAUUUUAGUGCUCUGGGUGUCUGCUUUGGCCUCCUCCGUGAUCGACAACAUCCCCUUCACGGCUACAAUGAUUCCUGUGCUUCUCAACCUGAGUAAAGAUCCUGAUGUUAACUUGCCUAUGAAACCAUUAAUCUUCUCAUUGGCCAUGGGUGCGUGCCUUGGAGGUAAUGGAACAUUGAUUGGAGCAUCUGCGAACGUUGUUUGUGCAGGAAUUGCUGAACAGCAUGGUUAUGGCUUCUCUUUCAUGGAGUUUUUCAGUCAGUGUAGAGGAAAAGGGAAGACUUGUCCUGACAUCUUAAAGUCCUGUAUCCAGGAUAUCUUCAUGGGUCUGACAGAUAUGACAGAAGAUACAUGGACCCGUGUCAUCCUCAAGUGGCAGCUGGAAGCUGAGUGGGACAAUCUUCACAUCUCCAGUGGCACUGUUAGGUUUCCCCAUGAUGAUUGUGUCCUGUACCAUCGGGAUGUGCUAUCUUCUUGUUGCUCAUGUCGUAGUAGGUUGGAACUCAUAGCAAUUUAUAUUUUCAAGACUCAGAAAAGCUUUCUCUUUCAUUUAGUUUAUAUGUCAUAACACUAAGAACACAUAGAAAAAAGAUGUGUAAAACCCCAACAUAUGGUAUCAAUCAAAAUGAUUGUCAGUGUCAGCAUCAGGUUUGGUCAUUCUUAACCUACUGUUUUGUGAACAAUUUGCAGAACUAGACAAUCAAAAUUAAAAUAAUCCAUAUAUUUAAUUAUGAAUUCAAUUAUUGUGCAGAUGAAAAGACACUAUCACAAGGGAAUAUGUUGUGCCUGAAAGUUUGCAUUGACACAAUGUGAGUAUAGUCACAGAUGAAAAACUCAUUCACAAUAGCAGAUGUUCAGUAAUUUCUUUUUAGGGCUUCAUUUGUCUUUGUCAAUAUAUUUAGCUAUUUGUAUUAAAGUAACUAAUAUUCAAGUUGUAAUAAUAGACAGUUAAGCAGAAAGUCUGUACA